GGAAAGAUUGCGGGAUUGAAUCAUUUUUAUUUCAAAUUCACGUAUAAAUAAUCAAGAAACAUAAAAGUUAUCCAUCUGUGGAAAUGCAGCUUAACUGGUAUCAGUUCAUCACAUAGCCUAAAAAAACAUGAAAAAAUGACCACAGGAAUUCAGAGACACUACACAAACAGACAUAAUUUUGCUUUGCCAUUUGUUGUGGCUGUAGUGACAUUAAUAUAUGUGAUGUUGAUGGGUUAUGAUGCUAAACCAAUCAGUAACAAGCAAUUUCAAUGUUAAAAACUCUUGAUCAACUCCACCAACGUUGCCUCAAAUUUGGGUUCACAACUUUGCCACCCAAAAAAUCCAUUACAAAUACACUGUCGCAAGUUAUUACUGAACUUUUUAAGCAUUCACUCAAACCAUUAAUAAAGACAUAAGUAACCUAUCAAUAAGUCUUUCCAGUCUUAGCAUAACUGGAAACAGCUAGAAAUAGCCUGCCUCUGUCCAAAACGAACAUAAUCCACUGUUAAAAGUGCCAAUUUUGUGGUUUGUGACUCUCAGCAGGACACACUGACGUCCUGGAGCCUCCACUGGUUGUCUGGCAACCUCGUGGUGACAACAAGAGUCCAUUAAAGAUGCUGGUGUUCAGUGCCCAGGUUGAAACACACAGUAUUGAACUGGGUGCCCGUUCUUGGCUGGUUGCCUCGCUACUCCAUCAGAGAAAAUGCCAUAGGGGACCUGAUCUCUGGCUGCAGUGUGGGCAUCAUGCACCUGCCGCAGGGCAUGGCAUAUGCUCUCCUGGCUUCCUUGCGCCCUGUGUUUGGCUUGUACACAUCCCUCUACCCGGUGCUGGUCUACUUCAUCUUUGGUACUUCCAGACACAUCUCCGUAGGUACGUUUGCUGUGAUCAGCAUCAUGAUUGGGAGUGUAACAGAAAGGCUGGCACCUGACAGUAACUUUAUGGUAAAUGGCACCAACGGGACAGACAGUGUGGACUUUGAUGCGCGGGAUGCCUUCAGAGUCCAGAUAGCAUGUUCCCUCACAGUCUUGGCAGGAAUCUUUCAGAUCCUAUUAGGUGUGGUGAGGUUUGGUUUCGUGGUCACCUACCUGUCUGAGCCACUGGUUCGUGGCUACACUACAGGAUCAGCAUGCCAUGUAUGUGUCUCACAGCUUAAAUACCUGUUUGGAGUCUCACCAGCUCGAUUUGCUGGUCCUCUCUCACUUAUCUAUACCCUGGUGGAUAUUUGCAGACUGCUACCUCUGACCAAGGUGCCAGAGCUGGUGGUCAGCCUGGUGGCGCUCGCUGUUCUCAUUGUGGUGAAAGAAAUCAAUGCCUGCUACAGACAGAAGCUGCCUCUGCCCAUCCCUAUAGAACUCAUAGUUAUCAUAGCAGCAACAAUCAUCACCCACUUCUGUGGACUUACGAGUACAUAUGGCAUUGAUGUGGUUGGAGAGAUACCCAGUGGACUCAAGGCCCCUCGUGCUCCGGAUGCCACUUUGUUCUCACAGGUGAUAGGUGAUGCUUUUGCUGUGGCCAUCGUGGGCUACGCCAUCAACAUUUCCCUUGGCAAAACAUUUGCUCUCAAACAUGGCUACAAGGUGGACAGCAAUCAGGAGCUGGUUGCUCUGGGUCUCAGUAACACUGUUGGCGGCUUUUUUCAAUGCUACUCCGUGACCUCCUCCUUGUCUCGCAGCCUCGUCCAGGAGAGCACAGGGGGCAAGACACAAGUUGCUGGAGUGAUUUCGUCCAUCAUUGUGCUGAUAACCGUUUUAAAAAUAGGUGCUCUCUUCGAGGAUCUCCCCAAGGCUGUCUUAUCUACAAUAGUGUUUGUGAAUUUGAAAGGAAUGUUUAAGCAGCUCAUGGAUGUGCCUAUGCUGUGGAAGACAAACAAGGUUGAUCUGCUGGUGUGGCUGGUAACAUUUACAAGUACCGUCCUGCUCAAUCUGGACCUGGGUCUGGCUGUCUCCAUUGGCUUUUCCAUGCUGGCUUUCAUCUUCAGAACACAACUACCCCGUUACUCUAUCUUGGGCCGCGUGCCAGACACUGACUUAUAUCUGGACACAGACACGUACAAAGAGGCCAAAGAGAUUCCAGGAGUUAAAAUCUUCCGCUCGUCUACAACUAUCUACUACACAAAUGCUGAGAUGUACUUGGAGGCCCUGCAAGAGAAGAGUGGAAUUGAAAUCGGGAAGCUGCUGACGGCAAAGAAGAAACGAGAUGCGCAGCUGAAGCGUAAACAAGAGAAAGAGAAAAAGAAAGCGAAAAAGGAGGCAAAGAAAGAAAAAAAAGCAGUCAGCCACCUGUCCAAUGGCACACUGUCUUUCAAUGGGUUGGAGAUGAAUGAGGGAAACGUCUCUGCAGGGCCGAGGGAACAGAGUCAAAUGAAUGUUGCAGCCUUACGCCUAUCAGAGACCUCUGCAAAUGGCAAUCGCAAAGGACAAGUAAACUGGGCUUACCAACAUGACACAACCACGUUGGACUCAGAUUCAGACACGGGUUGCCAAGGUGAUGACAGCAUCAACCAGGUAUCGUGCUGUAGCGACGAGGAGAGGGGAAUGGCCUGUGAAUCAGGCACACACAGCAUCAUCUUGGACAUUUCAACAACCAGCUUUGUGGACACUGUCACUGUGAACACACUGAAAAAUAUUUUCAGGGACUUUGGGGCGAUUGAGGUGGACAUCUAUCUAGCAGGCUGCCAAGCCUGUGUCGUGGAGCAGCUGGAAACUGCAGGUUUCUUCUCAGAGUCCAUCCCAAAGAGCAGGUUGUUUGUCACAGUCCAUGAUGCAGUGCUUCAUAUUCUCUGGAAAAUGGGACAGACAGACUUCACACUAGAUAUUUCCUGCAACACCAAGAUGUAACCAUCAGGGGUCAGACUGUUCCAACUCUCGCCAUCUUCCUCCUCCUCUUCCUCCUCCUCCUCCUCCUCCUCCUCUUAGGCUGCUGGCUGUUCUGUUGCUCACCAUUGGCUGUCACUGUCUCCUCCCCCUUUCAGUGGGGGAGAAUGCACCACCUUGACAUGGCGGCCGGUUGCCGUGGAAAUACAGGGAGCCGUUGCUGUGGCAACAGGCUUUUUAUGAUAUCGCCUAAUGAGAUAGCCAGCAAUACGUCAUUGCAGCUCUCUCGCUCUGUGGUGUGUGUGAGAGACAGAGAAGGGGCGGAGGUUGAGUGGGAGAAUGUAACAUUGGACUAAUAGGAGUCUGUAUUUAUAGCCUGUGUGAGAGUGUAGAGAGUGAGGAAAGGUUGACUGUAAGGGGAAACUCAUAUGUGAGAGGUGGUAUUGUUAACAGAUGGGCCACAAUGUGUGUGCUUGUGUUUGUCACACUGUAUUCUUGAAUCAAUGCAAAAGGAGGAGGCUAAUGUCUCCCACAACAAAUCAAUAGAAUGUAAAUAUUUGUCAUUGAUACAGUCAGGCUAUGCCCUCUGGGAGGGGUUCUUAAUCCUUACAUUACCACCAUUUUGUGCCAAAAGCUGAAUUACAGAUAUGGUGUAAUAUGUGUUACGUUUUAACAGAGCAGCAGCUUUAAAACACAGCGUGGGUGCAUGUAUAGUCACUAUUCACACGUCUGAUUCCUCUGACAUCUUAAGCUUCCAUCUAUUUUUGGGACCCAGUCUCAUGUCAUCAUCUAUCAUAUGUAUCUAGCAUAUGUCAGACACUGUGUUGCAAUAUAUGCUACAUGUUUAAUUGAUUUUUUACUUUCAGAAAUUUGUGAGAGUGCAGAAUGUUUAGAGGGUCUGCAAGACAGUUUAUGUGCAUUUCUGUAAAUUGGAAAAAUGAGUGUCCUAAUCAUAUUUUCUCAUGAGUGCAGAGCUGUUUUUCAGCUGACCCUCCAGACACAGUAGCCGACCACCGGAAAUAAAUUAUCUGCGUGCAGAAAACAUAGAUAUGUCCGCCAAAUUUCCUCGAGAGUGCCUAUCGCUCUACAUUGUGUUCACUGACUGAUAAAACCUCUAGUAGUGUGUUUAACUAUCAAAAGUCUCUUGGAGUUUAUUUUUAUACAGGUGUAACAUUUUUAAUGUGAUUGAACCAGAACACUUCCUGUACAUAUCCACAGUAUGUUUUAUGAAUAUAGGAUGAAUAAACUGUGUAAAUAAGGAGUCACAAACCACA